AUGGCACUAGCGUUUGAGGAAUGUGGCUUAGAAGGAGAAGCCGGUGCAGCAUGUUCAGAGUUUUCCCAGAGGUCCUGUGAAGAAUGUCUAAAAAAUGUUUCGUGCCUUUGGUGUUACACCAACAACACUUGUAUUGAUUACCCUGUAAGAAGCAUUCUUCCAUCAUCUUCAUUAUGUUCCCUCUCAAAUGCUCGAUGGGGAGUUUGCUGGAUAAACUUUGAGGCUUUAAUUAUUGCCAUAGCUGUAGUAGCUGGACUCAUUCUGCUGUCCGUAGCAGUCUGUUGCUGUUACUGCUGUUACUGCAGAAGGCGUUCCAGGAGUAGUACAGAUGAAGAAGAAGAACGGUUAGCUCAAAAGAGAGAGGAACAAAGGCUGCAGUCUCUUCAGAGGAAACAUGAAAGAAAACAGAAGCAUGAUAAAAUAUGCAAGAAGUAUGGUCUUCGCCAGGAUUCUGAUAAUCCAUACAGCAGAUUUGAGAACGAAUAAAGCUGAGAACCUUCCACUAGAACUUGUAACUGCAGAAUACAGGAAGAUAGUUUGUUUUCAUUUGCCCUUUGGGCUUUUUUCCCAGUUUUUUCUUCCUUGUUGUAAAACUAGGAGUGGACAAAGACUUCCAGAAAUACAUGUUUCUAUCUUCUACCUAUCUCAAACUAUUUUUUUUUAUAAAUGCUUUUGGUUGUUGAAAUGUUUGCUGAUUAUUUUUUUAUGGUAUCAUUUAAGUGUGAAAUACUAUCUUUCCUCCUCUCAAACUAUUUUGUUACUUGGUGUAGGUGGCUGAUAGUCACAAUCAUGUGUUUGAGUUCAGCCUUAACUGCCACUUAAAACAGUUGUUCUCAUGUUCCUAAAUAAUAUUUUUCUCUACUGUAUCUUUUUUUAUAAAAAUAAAAGGUAACAUGGAAGCACAGCUUCACAGAGCAGAAAUAGGUGAUGUUGCUAUUGAUGAGAAAAUGUACCAGGCACACUCUUACGUACUACCAUACUAUGAGAAUUGGGUGGAGUUUUUUAUUCUGGAAAAAGAUCUUGGAGUGUAAUGUCUAAGGGCUGACAGAGGGGAGCAUAUUUGUCUUUGAGUAAUUCAAUUUAGUCAUGGAAAUGUUAACAUGUACUUUGGAUAUAUCACUGAUGUGAGAAAAAUUAGCAAAAUUUGAAGAAAGUAGUUCUUGAAAUAAACAGUUAUGUGUGCCUAAAUUUAAAGAGAAACAUCAGUCUGUGAACAGUUUCUUCUGUCAGCCUAAUGUAUAACUAACAAAAAAAAAAAAGCUGCCACAAUUCUGCAGUUUACCAAGGCUGACCCUGGCCAGCAGCUAAGCACCACCCAGCUCCUUGCUCCUUCCCUCCCCACAGUGGGCUGAGGGAGAGGAUGGGAACAGCAAAAGUGAGAAAACUCUUGGGUUGAGAUAAAGAGUUUAGUAAGUGAAGAAAAGGAGGGUGGGGGAACAAGUCCUGCAAAGGCAAACGCUGCCUCUCAGAAGCAGACCUCAGCCCCCCUUCCCCUCAGUUUUUGUUGCUGAGCAUGAUGCUGUAUGGCCUGGAAUGUCCCUCUGGUCAGAUCUGGCCAGCUCUCCCAACUGUGUCCCUUGCCAGCCUCUGGCUCGCCCCUGGCCUACUGCCUGGAGCAGGGGGAGUGGGAAAAAAUGAAACCUCGAUACUGUGCAAGCACUGCUCAGUAAAAGCCACAUCACUGCUGUGUUACCAGCACUGUUCUAGCCACAUGUCCAAAGCAAAACACCAUAUGGGCUGCUGUGAAGACCAUUACCUCCUUCCCAGCCAGACCCAGUACAGUGAGAAAACAGUAUUUUUUCUAACCUUCUACUGUUUGUUUGGUAUUUCCAAAAUGUGAUUUAUUUCUUGUCUUUCUUUUCAUGGAGGUGGUUAAUUGAGCAUUUUAAUAGCUUACCAGUAUGAUGCAGCAAGCAAAGAGCUCUUCCUGCUCCCCCAUCUAAUUCAGGUUCCCAUUUAUUCUGUACUCUUCAAAUAACUUCCCUUGCUGUAUAUUAUCCGUUAAACAAAUGUACAGUAUUGAAGAUGUUCAUCUUAUUUUUAUCAACAUUCCUAAAAUAAACACUUUAACAUCUUU